UAGACCGAAUUUCACUUAGACCGAAUUUCACAGCAGAGCGAGGCACAUCUAGUGAGCAAAUAAAACGUAAAUUGAUAAGAAUGUCGCUUAGUGCUUACUGUGUUUUAUGAUUAGACAGCCGAGUAGUUGUAUAUGUGAUGAGAUUAUGAAUUCAAAUUAUUGUGAUUCCUGCAUAAUUGAUAUUAAAGACUGUGAUCCUUUGAUAAUUAAAAAAAAAAAAUAAAAACAAAAUGAAAAUCAUAUGUUUCAUGAUUAUUAUUUUAUCGUGUAUAUCAUUAAAUUUAAACAGAUCAAUAUUUAACCAAAAACAGAAAAAAGAUACUAAAAUUGAAUUAGAUGAAAUAAACCGAGCAGUGAUGGCUGGCGCCCUGGCAGCGGAAAAAAUAUAUAAUUCUCUAAAGACCCAUUUCAAACCGGACAACCCAACAAAUAGUGAAAAUAGUCCUGCAAAAUGCAAAAAGAUCAAGUCGUCCUACAAUAUGAAUAAUAAAACUAAAACAAAUUCAAAAAUUGGGAAGACCGACACAUAUCCUUGCAGUAUAGUAAAGUAAUAAGUAAAGAAAUUGGUAUUCUAUGUAUUCUGACGACGGUUUCCAAGUUACAGUUAAAUAUAAUGCUCUGAAGACCCAUUUUAUAAUAGCGAGUUACAUGGCUAUUGAAGACUGUGAUCCUUUGAUAUUUAAAAAAAAAAAUAGUAACAAAAACAAAAUGAAAAUCAUAUGUUUCAUGAUUAUUAUUUUAUCGUGUAUAUCAUUAAGUUUAAACAGAUCAAUAUUUAACCAAAAACAGCAAAAAGAUACUAAUAUUGAAUUAGAUGAAAUAAACAGAGCAGUGAUGGCUGGCGCCCUGGCAGCGGAAAAAUUAUAUAAUUCUCUGAAGACCCAUUUCAAACCGUACAACCCAACUAAUAAUGCAAAUAGUCCUGUAAAUGCAAAAAGAUCGUCGUCCUACAAUACGAAUAAUAAAACUAAAAAUAAUUAUAAAAAUAAUAAUUAUAAUUUAACUAUUAAUUAUAUUAAUAAUAACUAUUAUUAUAGUACCUCAACUGAGGAGAAUCCUUAAACCAAAAGAUGGAGGUAACAAUGAGUUGUUAAAAGUUAAAUUUAAUUUUAUUGAACAGAUUGAAGACUGUGAUCCUUUGAUAAUUAAAAAAAAAAAUAGUAACAAAAACAAAAUGAAAAUCAUAUGUUUCAUGAUUAUUAUUUUAUCGUGUAUAUCAUUAAGUUUAAACAGAUCAAUAUUUAACCAAAAACAGCAAAAAGAUACUAAAAUUGAAUUAGAUGAAAUAAACCGAGCAGUGAUGGCUGGCGUCCUUCAGCGGAAAAAUUAUAUAAUUCUCUGAAGACCCAUUUCAAACCGGACAACCCAACAAAUAAUGCAAAUAGUCCUGUAAAAUGCAAAAAGAUCAAGUCGUCCUACAAUAUGAAUAAUAAAACUAAAACAAAUUCAAAAAUUGGGAAGACCGACACAUAUCCUUGCAGUAUAGUAAAGUAAUAAGUAAAGAAAUUGGUAUUCUAUGUAUUCUGACGACGGUUUCCAAGUUACAGUUAAAUAUAAUGCUCUGAAGACCCAUUUUAUAAUAGCGAGUUACAUGGCUAUUGAAGACUGUGAUCCUUUGAUAAUUAAAAAAAAAAAUAAUAACAAACACAAAAUGAAAAUCAUAUGUUUCAUGAUUAUUAUUUUAUCGUGUAUAUCAUUUAGUUUAAACAGAUCAAUAUUUAACCAAAAACAGAAAAAAGAUAUCAAAAUUGAAUUAGAACAAAAAAACCAAGUAUUGAUGGCUGGCGCCCUGGCAGUGGAAAAAUUAUAUAAUGCUCUGAAGACCCAUUUUAUAAUAGCGAGUUACAUGGCUAUUGAAGAGUGUGAUCCUUUGAUAAUUAAAAAAAAAAAUAGUAACAAAAACAAAAUGAAAAUCAUAUGGUUCAUGAUUAUUAUUUUAUCGUGUAUUUCAUUUAGUUUAAACAGAUCAAUAUUUAACCAAAAACAGAAAAAAGAUAUCAAAAUUGAAUUAGAUCAAAAAAACCAAGCAUUGAUGGCUGGCGCCCUGGCAGUGGAAAAAUUAUAUAAUGCUCUGAAGACCCAUUUUAUAAUAGCGAGUUACAUGGCUAUUGAAGACUGUGAUCCUUUGAUAAUUAAAAAAAAAAAUAGUAACAAAAACAAAAUGAAAAUCAUAUGUUUCAUGAUUAUUAUUUUAUCGUGUAUAUCAUUAAGUUUAAACAGAUCAAUAUUUAACCAAAAACAGAAAAAAGAUAUCAAAAUUGAAUUAGAACAAAAAAACCAAGUAUUGAUGGCUGGCGCCCUGGCAGUGGAAAAAUUAUAUAAUGCUCUGAAGACCCAUUUUAUAAUAGCGAGUUACAUGGCUAUUGAAGACUGUGAUCCUUUGAUAAUUAAAAAAAAAAAUAGUAACAAAAACAAAAUGAAAAUCAUAUGUUUCAUGAUUAUUAUUUUAUCGUGUAUAUCAUUAAGUUUAAACAGAUCAAUAUUUAACCAAAAACAGAAAAAAGAUAUCAAAAUUGAAUUAGAACAAAAAAACCAAGUAUUGAUGGCUGGCGCCCUGGCAGUGGAAAAAUUAUAUAAUGCUCUGAAGACCCAUUUUAUAAUAGCGAGUUACAUGGCUAUUGAAGACUGUGAUCCUUUGAUAAUUAAAAAAAAAAAUAGUAACAAAAACAAAAUGAAAAUCAUAUGUUUCAUGAUUAUUAUUUUAUCGUGUAUAUCAUUAAGUUUAAACAGAUCAAUAUUUAACCAAAAACAGCAAAAAGAUACUAAAAUUGAAUUAGAUGAAAUAAACCGAGCAGUGAUGGCUGGCGCCCUGGCAGCGGAAAAAAUAUAUAAUUCUCUAAAGACCCAUUUCAAACCGGACAACCCAACAAAUAGUGAAAAUAGUCCUGUAAAAUGCAAAAAGAUCAAGUCGUCCUACAAUAUGAAUAAUAAAACUAAAACAAAUUCAAAAAUUGUGAAGACCGACACAUAUCCUUGCAGUAUAGUAAAGUAAUAAGUAAAGAAAUUGGUAUUCUAUGUAUUCUGACGACGGUUUCCAAGUUACAGUUAAAUAUAAUGCUAAUCUACUAUAGAAUGGAUAGCGCAGCCGUUGGCGUCGAGUGAACCAAUUUAUGUUUUAUAAUAAAUAAAUAAACUUACCUUUAAACAGUUCGUAAAA